UCUGUAACACAGGGCAUCAAAUAUCUAGUCCAAGAGAACGGGCUAGACACCCAACCUGGAAAGAAGACACCAGUUUAUAUCAAGGAUAUUGGUCCAUUUAAUGAAACCAUCCUGUCUAUGCAAGAAAAGAAGUUCUAUCUUGGGUUCCAGUGUAUCCAAGUGUGCCUGUUCAAUUCCCUGGGUCUGUUCACUGUUCAUCAGAGAAACGCGCUACUGAGUCUCCAGUUCAAGGAUCUUCAAAUUUCCCUUCAGAAGGAUCCUCACAGUGGACCUCCAAUUCCUCUGAUUGAACUCACCGCAGAGGGGACAAAAAAGUUUCUCAGGCAAACUAAAUUGACAACCUUUGCACUCCCGGAAGUGAUCUACAGGCCAUCAUUAGUGCUCUGCCUGCAUACAUUACUGUUUGGGAUUCUCUUCCAUGCUCGAGCGUUCCAGAACUAG